GUGGCGCCAUAAGCCUGAAUUUGUAGAAACCGCAGCCUGCAGGUUUCGAAGCUAAAGAAAGGAAAGCAAAACACACCGGCUCCCGUUUGAACACCGAGUUCACUGUGCUGACCGCUGCAGCCAUGCUGACCUGUGAAAUCUGUGGUGAGGAGAUAAUGCUGGAGGAGGACAUGAAGACUCAUCUCCUUCUCAGCCACCUGGAAAAUGAAAUGCUCUGCCCGUUCUGUUCCUUGUCUGGAGUGUCUUAUGAUGAACUCUGCUUCCACAUCAGCUCAGCGCAUCCAGAGAAGCAGCACGCAGCACAGGAUACAGCUCACUACACGUCCAGUUCAGGCUGCUCUGCUGGAACAAACACCGGUGUAACUGAGAGCAAGAAGCCCCAAAGCUCUCAGUCCUGCUCAGCUGGGGACAGCUGUGGCACAGCUGGUGAAGCGACAGCCACCGGUGCCUCUGGCGUCACCACAGACUCUGUUCGACCUAAACAGAACAGUACAUUAAAAAGUAGGUGUUCAUCACCUAGAGAAACAGCACCCGUCACUUUGACUUUGACUUCGCCGAGUACUGAAACCAAACAGGAGUCUGUCAGGCACAGUAAUGAGGACAGUAAUGGAAGUGAAUAUGAACACCACAAAGCCAAACAGAAGCGGUUGUCCUUACCAAGUAAAGAGAAACUCUUCUCCUGCCCCAUGUGUGCGCUGGUCUGCAGCAGCUGUUUCGUCCUGCAGGAGCAUGUCGAGUUACAUCUGCAGGAACAGUGCUCAGCUGAAGGAGAGAAGAGAUUUGAGUGCCCAGUUUGCUCCGUCGUCUGCAAAGACAGCUUGUCCAUUCAGGAACACGUGGAACUGCAUUUCAACCACGGAGCAGCUGUGAACUGUGCAGGGAAUCCUGGCUCAGACCUGAAGCUGGCCCAACAGCUGCAGCAGGAGGAGGAGCAGAGCAGGAGGCAGGAGGAGGCCCAGCAGGAAAAGGAGGAGUUCAAGAAGCUGCAGAGGCAGUUCGGUCUGGACGGCAGAGGGGGCUACCGCAAACAGAUGGAGAGGACCAUGGAGAGAGCCGUGGCCAGGGGCCUCAUGGCCCCUGCAGAGUUUCACUGUAAGAGGGCAGAGAUGAUGGAGUCUUUGGCCUCGGGGGUUGAUGAUGGCAGAACCAGAACUCAGGGUGUGGUCAGAGCAUUGUAUGAAUACUACCAGACUGAAUGCAGGGACUCUGCUCAUGUGUGGCUGAGUGCUGACACCGACCACUACUGCUCCUCAGCGGGGGAUAAAGGCUGGGGCUGUGGAUACAGAAACUUCCAGAUGCUCAUCUCCUCUCUACACAGAAUAGACACUUAUUCUUCCUCCUUACAAGAGAAGACCGUGCCCAGUAUCCCUCGGGUGCAGAGUAUGAUCGAGGAGGCUUGGAAAGGAGGACUGGAUCCACAAGGUGCAUCCCACUUCAACCAGCGGCUGCAGGGAACACGAGCCUGGAUUGGAGCCACGGAGAUCUACACCCUGCUCACCUCUCUGGGAAUCAGUGCCAACAUCAUCGACUUCCACCAGCCAACGGGCCCAGGUGACACCCACCCCCGGCUGUUUGACUGGGUGAAGCAGUACUACUGUCAGUCCAACAGGAGCAGCAGACUGCCCCCCAGAGUCAUCCAGACUUCCCUGGCCCCGCUUUACCUGCAGCACCAAGGUCACAGCCGCUCCAUAGUGGGCUUGGAGCAGAAGAAGAAUGGGAGCCUGUGCCUCCUGGUUCUGGAUCCUGGCUCGUCAGCAGCAGACACCAGGAAGCUGCUGAGCAGGGACACCAUCGCCACAGCCGUCCGCCAUGUAAGGAAGUUCCCCGGCAGCCUGAAGCACAAACAGUACCAGGUGGUGGCGGUACGGGGUGUGUUGUCUCCUGGGGACAAACAGAGAAGCAUCUUGAACUCCAGGACAUUAUGUGCUGAAAGGAUCCCAUGAGAAGAGACGCACUUCUUUUUCUCCUCUGUCUCUCUUUGUUGUCCUUCUGAACAUCUGAUUCCUCACCUCAGGAGCUGUGCGUGUGUCAUUUGCUAUUGCAUUUUAUAGUUUGCACUUUUUAAAUGUUUUGAAUAAACUACUAUUUGCUCUCCA